AUGAAGGAAAAGAGGUGCAAAUGUAUGCUGGUCCAAGGGAUGCUUCUGACAGCAUGCGGGAUGGUAUUCAUUGGUUCUUUGGAUGUCUUGGCUUGGGACUGGUUUCCAGCAGCUUUGCUUAAGGAGCCUGCCAUCUACUCCUUCACGUGUUCUCUGUUUUUCAAAAGGGCUGAAGCUCUUGUGGGCUUUUUUGGGUUUUUCUAA